GGGCAAUCGUCUUCAGGAGACAAGGUACGUCCUCCAGAAACUUGUAUUCGACUCUGUCAUUAACGGUGAACGUAGUCACAAUGUCUUACUUUCGAAUAACUCUCAUGCGAUCAGGCAUCGGCCUUACAAAACGAACCCAAGGCGUCCUCAAAGCACUCGGCCUCCGCACACGAAUGAAGACCGUCUUCUACCCCGUCACCCCCGAAGUCGCAGGUCAGAUAAUGAAAGUCAAGGAAUUGGUGUCGGUGAGAGAAGUGGACAGGGCGUUGACGGCGCAAGAACUGCGUGCGGAGAGGAAACCAGAUCCGGGUUUUUACAUGGAGAAAGCAGUACCACGGUGAUGGAGGACGGAUGGAAGUGUGAAAGACAAUGUGUGAGGAUUAUGGUGUAUGCUAGUUGCUGGAAGGAGGUUUUGAUCAGACGGGCUAUGUGGCGAGAAACAUGCUGUCUUAUCAAAAUGUCGAGCCUCAAAAUACAACUUUGCAAGACGGCUCGUUGUACAGAAUGGACAGACGGCCUCGAAGGUUCUCAGUUCGUAUCAGGCCUUAUCGAGAUGUAACAUACAAUGGGAAUUUGGGAAUUGACUGCGGUCAUCAGGGGUAGAGAUAGUACUGCCCCUAGGGUUUGAUGUACAACUAUAGUCAGGAUUAUACAAAGCCAAUGAAGCAUCAGAAAUCCACCAAU